AUGACUGCACAGUUAAGGGCCUCCUAUCUCUUCCCCCUUUUCCUAGCUGGCUUUGUGCAGACAGAUCCCAAGCCAGAGAAGAUGAAGACGGAUUGCUACAAAGAUGUGAAAGGCACCAUCUAUGAAUAUGACGCCAUCACUCUUAAAGGAAGGGAACACAUUCAGUUCAAGCGGUAUGCGGGCAAGCAUGUCCUUUUUGUCAAUGUGGCCACCUAUUGUGGUCUGACGGCUCAAUAUCCUGAACUGAAUACACUUCAGGAGGAGCUGAAGUCCUUUGGCUUAGUUGUGUUGGGCUUCCCCUGCAACCAAUUUGGAAAGCAAGAACCAGGAGAGAACUCGGAGAUCCUUCCAGGGCUGAAGUAUGUCCGUCCAGGGGGAGGAUAUGUACCUAAUUUCCAGCUUUUUGAGAAAGGAGAUGUGAAUGGGGAAAAAGAACAGAAAGUCUUCACCUUCUUGAAGCACUCCUGUCCUCACCCCUCUGAGAUUUUAGGCUCAUUAAAACAUAUAUCCUGGGAACCUAUAAAGGUCCAUGACAUCCGCUGGAAUUUUGAAAAGUUCCUGGUGGGGCCUAAUGGAGUCCCCGUCAUGCGCUGGUUCCAUCGGGCCCCAGUCAGUGUGGUCAAGUCAGAUAUCCUGGCAUACCUGAAGCAGUUCAAAACUAAAUAGGAAAGCUGAGUUGGGGGCAGGAGCCAUCCUGCUUCUUACUUGAAGACCUGUUCAAAGAAAAAUCCAUCCUUUCACUACACUAUCUUCCUAAAUAGCCUCCACUUGACUAAAUCACCUCUAUAUUGACAAAGUUCCCACUCUCUACCAAGUAGAUGUAUGUUUGGAAGGCUACUGCUAUUUCUCCUUGUAAGAGUAUGUGAAUGAAGAAUAA